AUGGAUAAAUUAUUAUAAAGAGAAAUUAAGAAUCAUUUCUAAAAUGAAAAUUAUAAAGCUGAUGUUAUUGAUAUGAUUGAAAAAGAUGAAGAAUUAAUCAAAAAAUGCUAUGAUAAGAUGGAUGAUGUAAAUAUAAUAGUCUAAGUAGUGGUAAUCUUAAACAGAAGAAGAUUUUCUCAAAAAGAAACUGCAAAUGCUUGGUUUAUGUGAAAAAAAAGGAUUGGAUGGAUAAGUGAUGCUUUAUCCAACUAUAAAGAAACAAAGAGUAUUAAACAGAGAUGAAUUUAAAGGCAUGGUUGAUAGAUUAUAUAAAGUUAAGAAAAUGUCAGACAAUGAUUUUGUUCAUCUUAAUUAAACAGCCAGAAAAUAAAUUCAACAAAUGAAAGCCAAAUAACAAAUGAUCUAAAAAUAAAAAAACAAAAACACAAAAUAAGAAUCAUUCUUCGAUAUGAUAUCAGAUUCUUCUGAAGAUCAAGUUGAAUGAAAACAUUAAAUCUUAUUUAUUAGAUUUUGAUGCCUAU